AUGUUGAGUAGCAUCGUGCAAACUGCCUUACGACUAAGUUGCAAUUAUUUAGAAAGGUUCUCUGCAUCACCUUUCCGACAACAGAAUUGGGUAACGAAUAAACUCAAUGCCAGAACCUUCAAAGUGAAAUCAUCGUUAAAGCUUAUGUGCUCUGGUUGUAAAUUUGUUCGAAGGAAAGGUCGAUUGUACGUCAUCUGCAAGAAAAAACCCAGGCAUAAGCAAAGGCAAGGAUAA